CCAGGCUGGAUUCGGCCUCCUUGAUGAUCUGUCCUGCUUCGAAUAUCGUUACGCAGUAAUUUUUUUUUGUCCUUGUGUGGCUGUUGUCGUUGCUUGCCGAGGCCCGAACGAAUCCAGUCAGGAUUUAGACGGACACGGACAAACGAAAAACGCAAGCGCACGUUACUGUAUUCAUACAUAUACGAUCCGGAUGGACGACGCACGACCUUUCCGACAAGGGCGACAAGACAAGCGCAAACGUGCCGCGUGCUUUUGUGCUCUGCCGCCGUUGACGACGACGCGACUGGCCAGCCCUUUCUGUCACUCACCUCGCCUACUUUGAUCACACCCAAUUGCCCGCACCACACACCCUCCUCUACCACUAUUCUUCCGUGCUAUCACUUAACAGCUCUCCCUCCUCCCCUCCCUCCUCCACCCCGAGUUGGUACAGGGGAUGGCCGCCACUGCACCAGCCAUAGGCUUCAACGCGCUUCCCCGCGAGUUGGCGAGCUACACUCUGUCUACGCAUGCGCUCAUGACGCCGCCUGCGAGCGAGCGGGGCCUUUGGGCGCGAAGUCUCCUGCCAUCCCACCCGCAUCUCCAUCCGCAUUCGACGCAGGCCGACCAGGAUCACGAAGGCUAUCACCACCAGUAUACGCACACUGAGAUGGGCAUGGAGCCGCGCACGUCUCCUGGAUCGCAGACGAGGCAUUCGUACCAGGGACACAGUCAGCUCUUGACACCCCCAGACGAUACCUCCCCAAUGGAUUCUGAGCCCAGAUACCGGUAUUCUACGGAUGGGCACCGCAACGCGUCGGAUUACGCGCUUUCGCAUCCCGAUCCACACCGCCAGUCCGGGGUGCGACAUCCAACCCCGCCGCCACCACCCCCAGAGCCCGAACAAGAGCCGGAACCGCUCGCGUGGACGCGUGAUUGGCUGGCGCAAUCGAGCUCCGCGCGCGACACGGCGCGUGUCGUUGCGGAACGCACUUGCGAGAUGAUCUGCUAUCUAUGGUUCGCCCCGCCGAAGCGCAAGGCGGCCGAAGAAAACCCCGAGGAUGCGGACAGGGAUCGGCUAACGGGGUCGAAAACGAAUGGGCUGCAGCUCGCCGCCAGCGCGACGUUUGUGCGGUUCGUGCAAAAGUUGCUCGAGACGACUCAGGUGUCGCAGUCGGUGAUUGUGCUCGCGCUACAUUACAUCCACCGUCUCCGCGUCGCCUCGGCCGGGGACGCGAACCAAGCUCAAGCUCAGCCGGGGUCGGAAUUUCGCGUUGCCGUCGCUGGGUUGAUGAUGGCGAACAAGUUCCUGGACGACAAUACGUAUACGAAUGCGACCUGGGCGUCAAUCUCGUUGAUUCCACUUUCGCAAAUCAACACGAUGGAGCGCGAGUUUCUCGCAGGCUGCGCGUACUCUUUGUACGUCAGCAAAAAGACGUACGAGGACUGGGGCCGGCUGCUGCGGGGCCUCGUCGGCGCCAGAGCGUCUGCCUCGAGACGCGGGGUCCGGCACACGCACCCGCAUGCAGUAUAUGCUACCCCACACCGCAGGACUCGCCGUGCUCCAAGUCCUAGCCCCGCGAUGCGACGAUCGAAGGGUGACGAAACAUUUGCGCGUGAACGAGCGGAAUGGGCGGAGGCUGAAAUGGAGAUUGGAUCGAAACGAUCAGCGGCCGCUGCGUUCAGUCCGCCUUCGUACCACCACUCUCAUCCACCUUCGCAUUCCCAACGACCUGCCCCGACGGUGCUCAUUCCCUCGUCUUUCGGGUCGACCUCGGCGCUGGAUUCCGCGGCGUUUGCCGUAACGCGGAGCGCCGGAGCGCACUCGUAUUCCCCCGUUGAAGGGCAGCCAUCGUACCACUAUCCUCAUCAGCAACACUCCCCGGCGUUGGGGACAGGCGGCGUUACACCGUUGGAACAUUUCGGAUCGUUGUCUCUCCAGCAUGAAGACGACGAUGGACGGAAGCGUGCGCGCCCUGUCUCAUAUCACCUUCCACCCGAAAGAGAUCGAGGGCGCAGUUCUGGGUUCACGUAUGUGCCGCCUGCGCCGAGCACGGUUGUGCAAUACCCGCCCCAGUAUGCUGUGCCGUCUUCUGUAGGACCAACCCUCGCGGUCCCUAUGGCACAAUCGCACUCGCAUGCAAGACAGCCGAGCUUUGGAUCCGGGCGUGGACCAGUGCCUACACUUGCUGCUCGAUAUGAAUAUGACUAUGCGGCAGCCGGUAGUGGUGUUGAGCAGGACUUGUACUUUUACGCGCUUGCUGCGUCACCCAUGUCAACUGUCGGAUCCCUUCAGGACGACGACCACGACGACGACGGCAGCAACUCUUCUGGCUGCUCGGACGAUGGACGGAGCGACUGGUCUGACGAGGAUGAUGUAGACAUGAUGACGGACGACUAUCGUUCUCCCCCGCCGCGAUCCCGGUCUCGUGCUCUGUCUGACGCUCGUGAACGAGAAGAACAGCGCGCGCGUGAAUUGCAGCGGGACCGUAUGCGGGACGAAACAAAGCGUUCGCGACUUCGCUGUGUUCUUCCUCGGCAGCAGCAGCGGCAAGUGACCCCGGUGGCUGAGUUGCACCCGCACCGGUUGUUCGCUGUCACACACAGUGCUCGGACGUCGCCCAUGACAGCAGCAACGCCGCCACGAGCCAUCUAUGCUGACCAUGGUGGACACGGACACGGACAGUGGACUCCGCCGCGGGUUGCUCUUCCCCGCUUCGCUGAGCUCGAGCGCUGGUCGUGCCACGCCCCGCGGCCAGUUUUACCCGAGCCGAACUCGCACCUCCAACAUCAGCCUCGCAGGGCUGUGUUUGCGAAUGCUGGUCCGCCGGGUGUGUCUGGUUAUGCUUACGCCUAUUGAAUGCUAUUAUCCUUAUAACCUUGACGCUUCUGCCUUGUCCAUCAUUGCCUAUUGCAUGCCUACUGUCUUACCUACAUAAAGUCCUUACUACAUUCCAUAAUACUCUUUUGCUCUUGCAGCACUAUUGUUAGCGUACAUACUUGAUGUAAGUCACGAGUAGCUGUUACGAUGCGUUGGCGUCGCGUUCUUCUGUUGAGAAUGUUUCUUCCAUGUUCCACUAGAACGCAACCUCUCGACCAGGACACUGUCCUGAAAUGGCAACAACAUACUCGCUCUUAAUGGUCAGCUCGGUGGAUUCAACCGGUCUGGGGUCGGAAGAUCACGAAGAAUCAAUCCAUCCCAGGCGAAUCAGAGAUAUGAGGGGAAGUAGUUGGGGCAAUGAGAUGUGAUUAGAAUGCACCUGGUUCAUUCAGCAGGGUCACGGCCUAUGCAUGCUGUUCUCUCCCCGGA